GCUGAAGAUUCAACCGGCUCGCUUCUCGAGGUUGUUAAGGCUUUGAUCAAAGCCGGGUCAUCCCUGAUAACUCGCGAGAGAGACCAAGCUCAUGCGCUCCAUCAAGCCUAUGCCAAUCGAGACGUUAAAAUACAUCGUUUUCUUCGUAAAGAAGUAGCAGUCGAUUCGAAUACUCAGCAGUCAGAAGGCAAAACCUCUCAUCAUUACGUGGCUGCCGACCUCAACUACAAUUGGUACGCUUUCACUGCUGAGGGCCGCGAGCCCAAGCGACGCACACAAGAAAUUGUGAACUUGCUCAUCGACAGAGGGUUGAAUAUAUAUUCCAACAACAAUGGGAAAACCCCCACUGAUUCCGGCUUUUACUUGGUAGUAUUUGAAAAUUGGGUCCUAAAGGGCGUGCAAGGUAUAUGGGUGUUGUAUCCUUGA